AACGGUGGGAGGGAUUGAGGGAGGGGCGUCCAGUCUCCCUGGGCCCGGCACUUUCUUGGAAGUCCCUGGAUUAAGCUCUGAGGCCAGGAUUGACGUCCCCCCAUCAUUCUUUUGGAGGCUACUUCCAGGCCAGAGACCAUGUCUGACAGGAGGCUCGCCUGGGGCCAACAGUGGGGUCUUUGGGGGCUGCUUCUGUGCAUGCUAACCCCCUGGUGCCUGGGAGCCCCCUCUCCAUCCCCAAGCCCUGCAGCGGGCACUGGUGGCAAGCUUCGUUUCCGCCUGGCGGGUUUCCCUCGGAAGCACUAUGAGGGCCGUGUGGAAAUCCAGAGGGCUGGCGAGUGGGGUACCAUCUGUGAUGAUGACUUCACACUGCAAGCGGCUCACGUGCUAUGUCGGGAGCUGGGCUUUACUGAAGCCACAGGAUGGACCCACAGUGCCAAGUACGGCGCAGGCACAGGCCGAAUCUGGCUGGAUAACCUGAACUGCAGAGGAACCGAGAAAAGUGUGGCUGAGUGCAACUCUCGGGGCUGGGGCAACAGCGACUGUACGCACGAAGAGGAUGCUGGUGUUGUGUGCAAGGACCAGCGCCUUCCUGGCUUCUCCGACUCCAACAUCAUAGAGGUGGAAGAGCAGCACCUGCAGGUAGAAGAGAUUCGUCUGAAGCCAGCUGUGGGUGGGGGCCGUCGGCCCCUGCCUGUCACCGAGGGGCUGGUUGAGGUCCGACUCCCUGGGGGGUGGGCCCAGGUGUGUGACCGAGGAUGGAACCCCCAAAACAGCCGAGUGGUCUGCGGUAUGCUGGGCUUUCCUAGCGAGAGGAGGGUGAAUGCUGCCUUCUACAGGCCAGUCACCAAGCUUAAAGCCAAACAUAAACCCCGUGCAGGCAAGGGGCCCACCAAGAGGCUGCUGGCCCAGCGCCAACGUCACUCCUUUGGCCUGCAUGGAGUGGCAUGUCUGGGCACUGAGGCUCACCUCUCCCUCUGCCCCCUGGAAUUCUAUCGUGGCAAUGACACUGCCCGGUGCCCAGGCGGGGCACCCGCCGUGGUGAGCUGUGUGCCAGGUCCUCUCUAUGCCACACCGAGUGGCCAGAGAAAGAAGCAGUCAUCACAACCUCGGGGAGAGCCCCGGCUUCGUCUGAAAGGCGGAGCACGGCCGGGUGAGGGCCGGGUAGAGGUCUUGAGGGGCGGUGAAUGGGGCACAGUCUGUGACCACAAAUGGGACCUCCAGUCGGCCAGUGUUCUGUGCCGGGAACUGGGCUUUGGCAGUGCCCGUGAGGCCCUAAGCGGUGCCCGAAUGGGACAGGGUAUGGGCCCGGUCCACCUGAGUGAGGUGCGCUGCUCGGGUCGGGAAGCUUCCCUCUGGAGCUGCCCCUACAAGAACAUCACUGCUGAGGACUGUUCCCAUGCCCAGGAUGCUGCUGUCCGCUGCAACGUGCCCUACACCGGGGUUGAGACGAUGAUUCGGCUAAGUGGGGGCCGUAGCCGUUAUGAGGGACGAGUGGAGGUGCAGGUAGGGGGGCCUGGCUCCCCUCGCUGGGGCCUUAUCUGUGGGGAUGACUGGGGAACACUGGAAGCCAUGGUGGCCUGUCGGCAACUUGGCCUGGGCUACGCCAACCACGGCCUGCAGGAGACGUGGUACUGGGACUCUGGGAAUGUCACUGAUUUGGUACUGAGUGGAGUUCGCUGUACAGGCUCUGAGCUAUCCCUAGGAGAGUGUGCUCACCACGGCACCCACAUCGCCUGCAAGAGGACGGGCACACGCUUUGCUGCUGGUGUCAUCUGUUCUGAGACUGCAUCAGACUUGAUCCUACAUUCAGCACUGGUGCAAGAGACCGCUUACAUUGAGGACCGCCCCCUGCACAUGCUGUACUGCGCAGCUGAGGAAAACUGUCUGGCCCGCUCUGCCCGGGCAGCCAACUGGCCCUACGGCCACCGGCGACUACUGCGCUUCUCCUCCCAGAUCCAUAACCUUGGCCGAGCAGACUUCAGGCCCAAAGCUGGGCGGCACUCCUGGGUGUGGCACGAAUGCCAUGGGCACUACCACAGCAUGGACAUCUUUACUCACUAUGACAUCCUGACACCUAAUGGCACCAAGGUGGCUGAGGGUCACAAGGCCAGUUUCUGUCUGGAAGACACUGAAUGUUACGAAGAUGUCUCCAAGCGGUAUGAGUGUGCCAACUUUGGGGAACAGGGCAUCACUGUGGGCUGCUGGGAUCUUUACCGGCAUGACAUUGACUGCCAGUGGAUUGACAUCACAGAUGUGAAACCAGGAAACUAUAUCCUGCAGGUGGUCAUUAACCCCAACUAUGAAGUGGCUGAGAGUGACUUCACCAACAACGCAAUGAAAUGUAACUGCAAAUAUGAUGGCCACCGCAUCUGGGUGCACAACUGCCACAUUGGUGAUGCUUUCAGUGAAGAGGCCAACAGGAGAUUUGAACGAUACCCUGGCCAGGCCAACAACCAAAUUGUAUAAGGCCCCUGGUUCAUCUACUGCCUCAAUCCUUGGACCUCCCCACCCUCAGGGCAUUAAUGGAGCCGGACCUUGGCUUCAGCCAAACAGUUUGGCACCUGGUCUGGGAAGGCAGAUUCCCCAGCCUUCCACAACUGGACUGGAGCAGAGAGAGCAGCUCCUCACCAUGCACAUCAUCCUGGGGACGCGGUCAAUACCUCCAGGCUUUUGGUUUUGGGAAGGAAUACAUUCUAUUCCUCUCACUUUUGGCUACAACAUGUCACUAGUUAAAAUUUUAUUUUAUUUUUAUUUUAUUUUAUAUAAAAUGUUUUUCUUGUU